AGACUAGACUUUCCAGAGAUUUCCAUGAUCUUCAUUUGGUUCAAGCAUUUACUGACAGCAACGGAAGUUGAAAAGUUUUAGUCUUUUUCUUUUUUUUAAGCACUGUAAAUCGGGGGUGGGGACCUGUGGCCCACCGGGUGCUGCUGGCCUGCAAUUCCCAGAACGCGGCCCCCUCGGCCAGGCUCUCGGGUGGUUCAAUUCUCUUCCUUCUCCUAGAGAAAGACAAUGCUGUCCAUCUCGGUGGUGGCCCUGACCUGGUUGGUCUCCCUGAGGACUUUGUCCACAGCGCUGGAUCCAAGCCUGGAGGGGACAUGGAGAGACUGGAAGGCCACUCACAGUAAAGAAUACAUCAAGCAGGAGGAAGAAUCCUUCCGAAGAGCUGUAUGGGAGGAAAAUCUGCGGAUGAUCCAAGACCAUAACACCCAGGCGGACCUGGGGAAACAUACCUACAGACUUGGCAUGAACCACUUCGGCGAUUUGACUAAUGCAGAGAUUAACGAGAGACUGAAUUGCUUCCGUCCUGACUCGGAUCACGCAACUCAAAAGAACGUCGUCGUGUUCAAAUCCUCCAAAACACGGCAGAUUCCGGACGAUGUGGACUGGCGAGCCAAAGGUUAUGUCACUCCGGUCAAAGAUCAGGGUGAGUGUGGAUCUUGCUGGUCCUUCAGUGCCACUGGCGCUCUGGAAGCUAUGCAUUUCAAGAAGACGGGGAAGCUGGUCUCGCUGAGCGAACAAAACCUUAUCGACUGCUCUGAGGAGCAGGGGAAUAUAGGAUGCCAGGGUGGACUUAUGAACCAAGCUUUUGAGUAUGUGAGGAAGCAAGGAGGAAUCAAUUCAGAGAAAAGCUAUCCCUAUGAUGGACUGGAUGAUUAUAGUUGUCGUUAUGACCCUGAGAAUUCUGUUACUACAUGUAGCUCCAUGGGAGUCAUCAUGACAGGAGACGAGGAGGGCCUUCAGCAGGCUGUGGCCACGGUUGGUCCAGUUUCAGCUGCAGUUGAUGCUCGGAGUUCUGAGUUUCACUUUUACAAGUCGGGCAUCUUUAAAAACCCCUGGCUUGGAGACCCAGAUUUGACUCACGCUGUGCUGGUUGUUGGUUAUAACAGCUCCAGUUCCAAGUACUGGAUUGUGAAGAACAGUUGGUCCAGUUUUUGGGGCGACAACGGGUAUAUGCACAUAGAACAAGGAUCAAAUCAAUGCGGCAUAGCUGACAUGGCUUGCUAUCCCAUUCCAUAACCAUCCAAGUGAGCAUCUGGACCAUUUGAGAAGCAGAGCUAAACGCCACCCGAAAUAAUCUGCUGCUUCCAGAGCUUCUGGGGAACCAGAAAGGAAAUGCUAAAAUUAAUAAAUGCUUUUAGGCAACG